CUCUCUCUCUCUCUCUGGGCCUCAUGAUUCUGUUGCAAAGGCUGCACUGAUGCUCAAUUAUCUGUCUCGCUUUCUUUUGCAAAUAGGACCACUCUGGCUGGACGGCUGUAUCACUGACUUUCACACUACUGUGCAUGGACCUGGACCCUCCUCCUCUGUCCUCUCUCUCUCUCAUCCAUAACGACAUGGCACCUUUGCACCACGCUGCUGCCUACUAGUACCAGACUACCAGCAGUACCUCUUGAACCCACCUCGGUGGCCUAAUCCCGGGCCCUGAUGAGGCCGAGCUUUGCAUUUGCAGGCACUGCAGUGGUUUGGUUUCUUGUUCCUGAGCAGUUGAGCGGCGCACACCAACUUGUUUUGCAUCAGCAGUUCUUUGGCACGGCGUUGUUCUGUGCAUCACAUGCCAUGUGAGUAGCUGACCACAGCUCACUCCAAGUGCAGCGGCAGCCCGGCAGCCCACUGCUGCUGGAUCUCCCCGAGGUUCUUCCGCGAUGGAGCAGACCUGCUGCUACUUCCCGCUGCGGUGGGAGAGCACGGGCGACCAGUGGUGGUACGCGUCGCCGAUAGACUGGGCGGCGGCCGACGGCCACUACGACAUCGUCCGCCAGCUGCUGCACCUCGACCCCAACCUGCUCAUCAAGCUCACCUCCCUCCGCCGGAUCCGCCGCCUCGAGGCGCUGUGGGACGACGACGCCCGCUUCGCCGACGCCGCCAGGAACCGCGCGUCCGUCGCGCGGAGCCUGCUGCUGGAGUGCGAGUGCAGGAACCCGAACCACCACCGCGCCGGAGGGGAGAACACGCUGCUCCGGGCCGGGUACGGCGGGUGGGUGCUCUACACGGCAGCGUCCGCCGGGGACGCGGCGUUCGUGCGGGAGCUGCUGGAGAGGGACCCGCUGCUCGUGUUCGGCGAGGGCGAGUACGGCGUCACGGACAUGUUCUACGCGGCGGCCAGGGGCCGGAGCGCCGACGUGUUCAGGCUGCUGCUCGACCACGCCAUGUCGCCGAGGUGCUCGACGGAUUGCCGGAACGGCCAAGGCGGUGCUGGGCGUGGCUCCAUGUUCCGGCUUGAGAUGAUGAGCCGGGCCGUCCACGCUGCGGCGAGAGGCGGGAGCGUGGAGAUGCUCAGAGAGCUGCUCGAGGAGGGGCCGUCCAGCGUAUCGACGUAUCUCGACAUCCGUGGAUCCACCGUGCUGCAUGCGGCCGCUGGGAGAGGCCAGCUGCAGGUCGUCAAGUACCUUCUGGCCUCUUUCGACAUCAUCAAUUUGACAGAUAAUCACGGGAACACAGCACUGCAUGUAGCAGCCUAUCGAGGGCACCAACCUGUUGUGGAAGUGUUGGUUGCUGCAUCUCCAUCAACCUUGUCAGCUGUCAACAAUGCUGGUGACACAUUUCUCCAUUCGGCAGUUACAGGAUUCAGGACCCCAGGAUUCCGACGGCUUGACCGCCAAUUGGAGCUGAUGAGAUACCUCAUACGCGAAAGAACUGCAGAUAUCCAGAAGAUCAUCAAUCUGAGAAACGAUGCAGGCCUUACAGCCCUCCACCUGGCUGUGGUUGGCUGCGCACACCCAGAUCUGGUUGAGCUAUUGAUGACUGCCCCGUCAAUCGACCUGAAUGCUGAAGACGCGAACGGCAUGACUGCGCUGGCAUUGCUAAAACAGCAGCUGCGUUCAGCAACAUCCGACCGGCUCAUCAGGCAGAUAGUUUCUGCCGGAGGGGUCUUGAAUUCCAGCAUUCUGAGAACCCGAUCAGCCAUUGCUUCUCAGAUUAAGAUGCAGGGUGGGAUUGCAAGCAGUCCCGGUACCACUUUCAAGGUAUCAGAUGCAGAGAUAUUCUUGUUCUCGGGUAUGGGGGCAGUGGAGUCUCUAAGGCCAAGCUCGUGCUCCAGCAAUGGGAAGGAUGACCCUACUCAUGCAGAUGCAGAUUGCGCCGAAAACCAUGGAUCAUCAGAGAAGAGGCUGAGCUCUGCGAGCCGGGCCAAAGACCGUCUCAAGAUGAUGCUGAGGUGGCCUCGCCACAAGACACCCAAGAAAUCAGAGGACAGCAGCCCGCUGGACUCGAUCAAGAAGCUGAGCCAACACGAGGCUGAGACCCCUGCUCCACUAAGGCAGAAAUUUACCAAGACAACGGCGCUCAACGGCAAGCGGACCCUAGCGGUGAAGAGCUCCACCCCAAGCUCCUCGUCCACCAAGAAGAAGCUCAACACAAAGCUCAUACAUGGCAUCAUGGAGGCCAUGCCACAGCUGGCGCCGGCUACCGUGCGGUCCGGGUCGCCAACGGACAUGCUUCGGAGGUCCUCCAUAUCAUCCACACCUCAGCCGCUGGCGAAGCUGAAGGACAUCUGCCUCGACGACGAGAUCUCCAUGGUGACGCCGUCCGUCGGCAAGCUGAAGGACAUCGUCCUGGACAGUGACGACACCACGGAGGACCCCUCGUGCUCCAACUCGUCCAUGGACGACGGUUGUGGCACCGGGACAGCGGAGAGCGCGGCCCGGAAGCACGGGUGCGGCAACGGGAGGCUGAUCAACAUCUGCUUUGGCGCACAGGGACUGACCGUGGAGGACUCGGCGAGCGGGCAGCAGACGAGCAAGAUGUUCAAGCAGCAGUGCCUGAGGGUGUCCUGACUGACGGCAUAAUGCCACAGCGUGUAUUGUAUCAUAGGAUUCACGGCGUGGUGUGAUUGGUUUGGUAUCUCGCGUGCAGCUAUGCGUGCUUGUUUUCUUGUUGUGCAUGCUGCCUUGCAUAACCAGGGGUGAACUGGUAAUCCAAUGAAUUUGUGCUUGUGUUAACUGUGACGUUGACGAAUUCAUAGUCUUGUUUCUAAA